CACUCAACAGUUACGUUCUUCGUUCGCAACGGUCGUCUACCGACAUCAUGCCGAUUUUUCAAAUGAGCUCCAACCUUUCCCACUCCGAUAUUCCCGCACCUUUCCACAAAGACUUGACGACGAUGCUGGGACAGCUGCUGCAAAAGAAUCCCAACCACAACUCGGUGCGCAUCAGCACCGAUCAGUUCCUGACGUGUGGCGGCACCACGGAAGCCUGCGCGUUCGACAACUUCGCGUCCACCCUGAACACUGUUGGAAAGGACAACGAUGCUUACGUCAAAGCUAUACCCGAAAUCAAACAUGAGAAGGUCCGAAUCGAUGACUCGCGGUUCACGUCAUUCCUCAGCGAUCCUCCAGCGAACGAAGGGGGUUCUCUCGGCUUGACGCUUGACAGCGUUAGGAGGAGGUUGCAGGCAGCACCGGCUGCCUAA